GUAAUUUUGGAAAACCAAAACGACGACGGCUUCUCCAUAUACCCUAUCCGGCGAGAAAAUUCCCACCUCUGACCUCACUCUCAAACUCACGCUUACACUAACACACAGACACGCUCACUCACUUCACUACCAUGAUCAAUAACAAUAAAACACUCCCCUAUACCUAAAUGGCCGCACCUUUGCUUUUCAGAGCCAUUCCACUUCUCAGCCUCCGGCUCCACCACCACCACCGCCUAGCCGCUUCUAUUUUCGCGCCGACGCGGCGGCCAUGGUGCAGCGCCGCCGAGCCGAGUCGGAGCGAAGAGAAUUUAUCCUCUGUGGACAACACCACCGCAGCGCGGAAAGCCAGGGAUUCACAAAGUUCCAAGUACCACCAUCGGUGGGACGACGCUGAGUAUCGCAAGUGGAAAGAUAAAGAGAAUGAGAUUCUCAGUGAUAUCGAGCCCAUCUCUUCUCUUACCAAAGAGAUUCUUCACUCUAACAGGUAUUUGGAUGGGGAACGUCUAACAGCUGAAGACGAGAAAGCUGUGGUGGAGAAGCUUCUUGCUUAUCAUCCACAUUCUGAAGAUAAAAUUGGAUGUGGACUUGAUUCUAUUAUGGUUGACCGGCAUCCCCAAUUUAAACGGUCAAGAUGCCUCUUUGUUGUAAGAACUGAUGGUGGAUGGAUAGACUUCUCAUAUCAAAAGUGUCUUCGAGCAUACAUUCGAGAUAAGUACCCAUCCCAUUCGGAGAGGUUCAUUAAGGAACAUUUCAAGCGUGGUAGUGGUUAAUUUGUAUUAGUCUUGAGGCUUUUUUUACAAUUUUGGUAUCACUAGAGAUGAUCUUGAUAUGUUUAUUUAAUUUUCUUCUUCUUCUUAUGGGGCAUAAGAACUUUCACAUUGGUUUCAGUUUACCUAUAUAUAUGUAGCCUAGAGUUGCUAAUUGUCAAUGCGGUAGAUAAUCCUUGAUUGGCACUUAAAGUUUGUUUUCAAAUGAAGACAGAAAAAAUGAUUGAGGUGAAGUUCA